GUCAUGCCAUGGACCUCAAUAACUAAAAGGGUUAGAUCACAGUACUAAAAAUGUUAAGUUUAAACGUGUUCGAUAUUUAAAAUAAUCACAAAACAGAAAUGGCUGAUUUUCUUUGAAGAAGUAAACAUUCAUCCAACUUUUCCUCUUCAUCUCCAUGCUGUUCUUAUUGCCGUUGAUCUCAUAUCUAGCCGCAACAUAGGUGGUCAAUUUACAGGCGAUGCCUGCACGCGGUUUUCCGACUAUGUGGUCUGGUCUGAUCCAGUCAAUCCCUGCAUCUGACCUGCUUUUGGACCAUGACGACGGCUGCUCCCUGGAGAAAAAGCGCCUAACAAUUAUCCAACGACCACAGGCCCCGUUCAAUUUUGUAGAGCCACAUGUUUCAACGAGCUUAUUGCCUGCACGCCGAACAAAUACCUCACCUAAUCCCUUAAAAAUUCAUCGCCCAUACAAUCGUAGGCGCCACCCUCUUGGCAUGAGCGCGACAACAAUGCCGGAGCUGCAGACUGUUUCACCUCUUCCAGGCAACUCACCAGCCGAGACCGGCACAAGAUGGCGUGCUCUGACCAGCUGCAACUGCAAUUACGUCUUGGGGAUCAGAUCAGAUGUCGUCAACCUCGCAAAUGGCGUCGCUCGCCGUGCUCGUCUUCCUGAUCUGCGCGACGCUCGCCUCCGGCGCCGCCAGCGUCCUCGUCGGGCUCACGCGCAUCCACGCCGACCCCGGCAUUCCCGCGUCCCAGCUCGUGCGCGACGCGCUGCGCCGCGACAUGCACCGGCACCGGCACCGGUCCGCCGGCCGCGCGCUCGCAGCCGCCGACGGCGCUGCUGCCACCACGGUGUCCGCGCGCACCCGCAAGGACCUGCCCAACGGCGGGGAGUACCUCAUGACGCUGGCCAUCGGCACGCCGCCGGUGGCGUACCCGGCCAUCGCGGACACCGGCAGCGACCUCAUCUGGACGCAGUGCGCGCCCUGCGGCGGCCAGUGCUUCAGGCAGCAGGCGCCGCUCUACAACCCGGCGAGCUCCACCACCUUCAGCGUGCUCCCGUGCAACAGCUCGCUGAGCAUGUGCGUGGGGGCGCUGGCCGGGGCGGCGGCGCCGCCGGGGUGCGCGUGCAUGUACAACCAGACGUACGGCACCGGGUGGACGGCGGGAAUCCAGGGCUCCGAGACCUUCACCUUCGGGGCGGCGGCCGCCGACCAGGCCCGCGUCCCAGGGAUCGCCUUCGGGUGCAGCAACGCCAGCAGCGACGACUGGAACGGCUCGGCGGGGCUCGUCGGGCUGGGCAGGGGCGCCCUGUCGCUCGUCUCGCAGCUCGGCGCCGGCAGGUUCUCCUACUGCCUCACGCCGUUCCAGGACACCAACAGCACCAGCACGCUCCUCCUCGGCCCGUCGGCGUCGCUCGACGGCACCGGCGUCCGCUCCACGCCGUUCGUCGCCAGCCCGGGCAAGGCGCCCAUGAGCACCUACUACUACCUCAACCUGACCGGCAUAUCCCUCGGCACGACGGCGCUGCCCAUCUCUCCCAACGCCUUCUCCCUGAACGCCGACGGCAGCGGCGGGCUCAUCAUCGACUCCGGCACGACCAUCACGUCGCUGGCCAACGCCGCGUAUCAGCAGGUCCGCGCCGCCGUGAAGUCCCUGGUGACGCUGCCCGCGAUCGACGGCUCGGACUCGACCGGGCUCGACCUGUGCUUCGCGCUGCCUUCCCCGACGUCGGCGCCGCCGACCAUGCCGAGCAUGACGCUCCACUUCGACGGCGCCGACAUGGUGCUCCCGGCGGAGAGCUACAUGAUCUCGGGCUCCGGCGUGUGGUGCCUAGCGAUGCGGAACCAGAUGGACGGCGCGAUGAGCACGCUCGGCAACUUCCAGCAGCAGAACAUGCACAUCCUCUACGACGUCCGGAAGGAGACGCUGUCGUUUGCUCCGGCCAAGUGCAGCACGCUCCGACCAGAUUUGUUUGCGGCGAACUACGGCGGACCCGUUGGGUCUCAGCCUGAAAUCUGACCAGAUUUGUACAGAUAUACUUGUGCAUAGGACUCAUGAUUUUUUACAAGGUAGAAUGGUAGAUUGUCAACUAAACAUUCUAAUUCAACUAUUGAAAAACUGAAACUUGUUCAUAAUUUAA